AUGACGAACAAAAGUGUACAGAAGGCUUGUUGUUUGAGAGUGAGUGACGGUGGUCUGAGACGGGUCGCCAAGACUUAUGGCAUUCGGGUUGCGCUACCGAAUUGGGACGAAAUCACACCACUCGACAUUCUUUAUCUCAAACAGUCCGAUGCCGGUCAAAGCCUUGUCUUGGGACGAUCAGCCAACCCUGACUAUCUGGUUCAAGCUGUUUCAAUCGAUAUCAGUGGUAUGAGAAUUUCAUAA